GAUGGGGGCAGAAAGGCUGCCGUUUUAUGUCAUGUGAGACUGAAAACACACUGGAAAGCUUCUUCAAACCCUUGCCGCUACUUAAACCUCACAAGCCGGCGAAACAAAGUAGGGUUUUGCAGAAGUGGAAUACUCCAUUUUCCGAUGAGUUUCUAGGGUUCACGAGCUAGCUGGUCGCGUACGAUCGUCUCAGUAGCUAUGGGAGGAUCACGAGUUCAAGUCAAUAAAACUCACAAAUCCCGUUUUUCAUCCAAAUCGACUCGUAACCUUCACAAAACAUCUCUGAAAGACAAGAGUCGGAUUGCAAAAUCAGACCGCAAUGUCGCCAAGGGAGCUCGAGCUGUUCGAAUUCAGCGUAAUAAGAUGUUGCGGGAGCAGAAACGAGCUGCGCUCUUAAAAGAGAAAAGGGCUUCUAGCGGAUCAUCAAGUCCUCCCCGUGUAAUAGUUCUGUUUGGCCUCUCUGCCUCCGUAAACCUAGAUUCACUUGCUGAAGAUCUUUUGAAAUUAUUGUCUCCUGAAGGCGGUGGACACGUGUCUUCGACAGUUGCAUCGUCCGAGUACAAAUUGAGGGCAACUGUAUUGAAAGCACCACAUGGGGAUUUGUUAUCUUGUAUGGAGAUGGUUAAGGUUGCUGAUCUGAUUGCUUUUGUGGCAUCAGCCAGUGAAGAAAAUGAUUCUGACUACAUUGAUUCAUUUGGAAGUCAAUGCUUGUCUGUGUUUAGGUCUCUUGGUUUGCCAAGCACUGCUGUCUUCAUUCGUGAUCUACCUAUUGAGCUGAAAAGAAAAAAUGACUCAAAGAAGAUGUGCAUUUCCAGACUUGCUAGUGAAUUUCCUGAGGAUUGUAAGUUCUAUCCAGCAGAUGCAAAAGAUGAGUUGCACAAGUUCUUGUGGCUAUUUAAGGAGCAAAGGCUAACUUUGCCUCACUGGAGAAACCAACGUCCUUAUCUCAUGUCCCAAAAGGUUGAUAUGGUAGCAGAUGAGGUGAAUUCAGGAAAUUGUACCCUUCUUCUCACUGGUUAUCUUCAUGGUCGCAGCCUUUCAGUAAAUCAGCUGGUCCAUGUUUCUGGUGCGGGGGAUUUCCAACUGCAUAAGAUAGAAAUUUUAAGGGAUCCAUUUCCUUUGAAUCCAAGAAAAGAAGUGGAUGCAAUGGAUUCAGAUGACCUGCUUGUUGUGGAGGUUGUCCAUUCCAUACAUCCUGAUUCUCUGACACAGGAGCCCCUGCUUGUAGAGAAUGUUCCAGAUCCUCUUGCAGGAGAACAGACAUGGCCAACAGAGGCGGAGAUGGCUGAGGCUGAUAAGAAUCGGAAACAAAGAAGGCCAAAGAAAAGGAUUCCUCGAGGUACUUCAGAAUAUCAGGCUGCUUGGAUUGUGGAUGAUACUGAUGAGGAAGAUUCAGAUAGUGGCAGUGAUGAUGAUGGUAUGGUACUGGAUGAAACAGAAAGUUAUGGGCCUGCUGCAGAGGGCAGUGAUAACUCUGAACUUGAUGAUGAUCAAGCUUCCCUGGAUCUUAGAUAUUCUGAUGAAGAAACUGAAAAUGAUUCAGUGAUGAUGGAAAGCGAAAACUUAACAAGAGAACAGAUAGAGGAGGAGAUUAAAGAAAUUAAAGAAGCACAUGCUGAAGAUGAGGAAUUUCCAGAUGAAGUGGAAACUCCAUUGGAUGUUCCUGCUAGAAAGCGUUUUGCCAAGUUCAGAGGUCUCAAGUCUUUUAGGACUUCUUCAUGGGACCCUAAAGAGUCUCUACCUCCAGAAUAUGCCAGAAUUUUUGCGUUUGAUAAUUUUGCAAAAACCCAGAAACAUGUUUUUGCAAAGGCAUUAGAAAUGGACCAAGACAACCGGGAUGAGUGUAUAUCAGCAGGCCAGUAUGCCAGACUUCACAUCAAGGAGGUACCCACUGCUGUUGCUUCCAAAUUAUGCGCAGAUGCAAAGACACUGCCCAUAAUUACGUGUGGCCUCUUGCAACAUGAGUCUAAGAUGUCUGUUCUUCAUUUUAGCAUUAAAAAGCAUGAUACAUAUGAUGCCCCUAUCAAAGCGAAAGAAGAACUAGUAUUUCAUGUUGGUUUUCGGCAAUUUGUUGCAAGGCCAAUAUUUUCCACUGACAAUAUUAAUUCCGACAAGAACAAGAUGGAGAGGUUCCUUCAUGCUGGGAGAUUCUCCAUAGCAUCCAUUUAUGCUCCAAUUUGUUUUCCUCCUCUUCCUUUGAUAGCCCUGAAGCAUUUAGGAGGAGUUGCUGCCCCCACUGUUGCUGCUGUUGGUUCCUUGAGGAGCAUUGACCCUGACAGGAUUAUACUGAAGAAGAUUAUAUUAACUGGUUACCCCCAACGAGUGUCUAAAUUGAAGGCAACAGUGCGAUAUAUGUUCCAUAAUCCAGAGGAUGUAAGAUGGUUCAAGCCUGUAGAAGUGUGGACAAAAUGUGGUCGUCGUGGUCGCAUCAAGGAACCUGUUGGUACACAUGGGGCAAUGAAGUGCGUCUUUAAUGGAGUUCUUCAACAGCAUGAUACUGUUUGCAUGAGCCUGUUCAAACGUGCAUAUCCCAAGUGGCCAGAACAUCGGUUCCCAAUUCUUGAUGCGUGAUCAGACAGUAGCUGAUCCUCCACCUUUUAUUGAUCCUGAAAACACAAGAUAACCUUGGUUAUUUGUGGGAAUGAAGCUUUGGUUCAGAUAGUCAGAUUUGAGUUUUGUGUUUUACUAGGAAGUUAGAAACGUUUAGAGUUCUGUGGAUUAUUACCUUCUCCAUUGUAGUUCUGCCAAUUUUUUUCCCCUUCCCCUCCCCUAUUUCCAUGCUAUACAGGAAAAUUUAUUUUGCCUACCAGAUUCAAAGCAAGAAUUGUAAGUGGUUGACAUGAAAUUUUCAAAGCAAGAAUUCUCUUUCAUCGGUUUAUGGUA